GUCAAUGGCAAAUAAUAAUAAAUCAGAAAUUAAAAUUGACAAUAUAACAUAUGUAAAAGAUUUAUUCCGUAACAAAGUAAUCAAUGCAAAAUCAUCAUCACGUAGGCCAUUAAGUUCAUGGAAACAAUCGAUUAAUGCAUGUGGUCCUGGGCCAGCACCAUGGAUAGAAAAAAGUACAUUACAUUCAUUGGGUAUUCAAGGUGAAUUGAUCAAUAAAUCCUGUCCAAUCGAUUAUACUCAUUAUGUAAAACGAUAUGCAAAUGCAAAUGAAUGUGGUAAUUCAAUAUGUAAAGAAUUAUCAUAUCGUGAACAUUUUCAUUGUAAUGCAUUAUCAUGUAAUUCACGUGUAUUCAUGAAAAAAGAAGAAAUGAUUAGACAUUUUAAAUGGCAUAAAAAACGUGAUGAAUCAUUGACGCAUGGAUUUUUACGCUGUUCACCGGGUGAUAAUUGUAUUGAACGUUUUAAAAAUUGUCCACAUCAUCGUAAACAAACACAUUAUCAUUGUUUAAAACGUGGUUGUGAUAAGGUUUAUAUUAGCACUUCGGAUGUACAGAUGCAUGCAAAUUAUCAUCGUAAAGAUACGGCUAUUAUACAGGAAGGUUUUCAACGUUUUCGUGCAACAGAAAAUUGUCUAUUAGAAUGUUGUGCAUUUUUUGGCCAAAAAACAACACAUUUUCAUUGUCGUCGUGAUAAUUGUUUACAUACAUUUAAAAAUAAAGCUGAUAUGGAAAAACACAAAUCAUAUCAUGUACGUGAUGAACAAUUGGCUCGUGAUGGAUUUAAAAAAUUUAUGAAACAUGAAUCCUGUCUAUUCGAUGAUUGUCGUUCAUCACGUGUAUGUAAUCAUAUUCACUGUGUUCGUUCAGGCUGUACUCAUGUAUUACAUUCAACUGGCCAAUUGUAUCCACAUAAACGUAAACAUGAUCGUUGUGAAAAAGAACUUGCAUAUCGAAAAUAUCGUCUUGCACAAUCUAUACAUUGUACAAAUGAAUUUGAUAAAAAUAACAGCGCCAUUCAGAAUCGUUUAGCACCAUACGGUAUUGAUUUGGAUAUUAACCUGUUGAAUAUUGAGAGCUUCGAACAAUCAUUAUUGAAUAAAGAUGAUGAUAAUGUAUUUGAUGAGAUACAGGAUCAAUUACCAUUGAUGCAAAUCAGUACAAUACCGAUUGAAGAUAUUAUUGGUGAUGAUAUAACCGAUAUACGUUGUGCAAAAUAUAUACAAAAACAUCAACGACCGAACGAACAAUGUACAUUCAUUGAUGAUGAUGGUGUUCAAGUUAUUUUCAAUGAUGAUGAUGAUGAUGAUGAUGAUGGUGGUGGUGGUGGUGCUGGUGGUGGUGGUCGUGUUGGUGAACAUUACAAUUGUUUAAAUUGUAAUGUAUGUUUCAAUGAUCAAAUGGUUACACUUAAACAUGCAAGAAAACACGUGCUACAGGAUGAGAUAACAUCAUUGAUGUUUGAAGAAACAACAAAUGAUUCAAACAUUUGUAAUGUAGAAUGUUUAUUAUAUCAAAGUGUACGACAUUUACAUUGUCGUAUGUAUGGCUGUAUAUUCAUCUUACCGAUUCAGGAUAAAACAUUGAAAAAAUUUGAACAUUAUAAAUUUCAUGAAGAAUUACAAUGUAAUUAUUCAUUUGAUUCAGAUGAAUCUGCAUUUGCUAAUCUAAGUGGAUAUUUAUCAUUGGAAAAUCCACCAUUACCACAACCACAACAACAACAACAACCGCCAACACCUUCAUCAUCAUUAUCUUCACAAUCAACACCACCACCUCAACCGGUGGUUCAGCCGAUUCUAUUGCCACCACCGCCACCUCCACCACCACUUUUGGUAACAAAAUCGAAACCAACAUCGAUGAAUAAAUGCAAAACUACAUCAACAUCAUUACAACAGAUAUAUCCAACUGGAACCAUGUUGACAACUGUUGAUGGUAUGCCCAUUUUAAAACGUAAACGUGGCCGUCCACCAAAGAAUCGUUCGAAUGAAAUGUUGACCACAACCAAAGUAUCGGCGACACAAUCGAAAAAUAAUUCCAAAACAAAUCAAUCAACGCCAACAGCAACAAUACAACCAGCUACAACAGCAAUGUCAUCAUUCGAUUUAGCACAAGCAUUCAAUCUACCAUUGAAUCAUGUACAAUUUUUGGCAAAUUUUCCACAAACUGCUGAUGAUUUAUCCAAAACCAUACCUAUACCAUUCAUAAUGCCAUAUAUAAAGUCAUCAAUACACAGUGGUUUUUAUGUUUUCGAUGAGGAAACUAUAUGUCCGGAUGUUACCUGUAUUCAUCUUGGUAGAAAACAUUUUCAUUGUUCAAGACCAAGAUGUUUUUAUAGUACAAAUCGUGAUGAUAAACUUGUUGAUCAUUCUAAAGAUUUUCAUGAUAAUAUCGAUAUAUUGGAAGGUUUUAUUUAUUUUGAUCAAAAUAUUGAUUGUAAAUCCGAAUAUUGUCAAUAUAAUCAUAGUGAUUGUCAUUUUCAUUGUACACGUAUUGGCUGUAAUUAUUCAUUUGUACGUUAUUCAUCAAUGGCAAUACAUGAACGGGAACAUAUGCAAAAAUUUCGAUCAUCAUCAACAGCAACAACAAGGAUAUCAGAUCAGAAAACAAUUGAUGAUGAUAAUCAUCAUAAUCAUUCGGAUGAUGGUGAUGAUGGUAGUGAUGAAUGUUCACCAAUGUUGACCAUACGUUCAUCAACAAGUGACAUGAAAUUCGAUGACUACGACGAUGACGAUGAUGAUGAUGAUGAUGAUGAUGGAAUGAAUGAUAAAAAACUUGAAAAACUGAGCCAAAAAACAAAUUCUGUUUAUAAAAAUGAAUCCAAUAAAGAUAUCGAUAAUGAUGGUGAAAAAGAUGUUAAUGAUAUGGAUGUUAAUAGUGAUUCAACGAACGUUUUAACAUUACAGCAAUCAUUACAGAAGCUAUUACAAUCACGAAUGGGUGCUUUUGGCAUGUUGGCCGUAUCAUCAUCAUCAUCAACGACAACGACUUCAACGAUAACGACGACCACAAUACCCUCAACAUCAACAUCAACGACGACUACGACAUCAUCAUCAUCAUCAUCAUCUGCUGUCAAUAAUAUUGAUGAUAUAAUCAAAUUACAUCCAAUAUAUGAUGAACAAAAUGAUCGAAAUUGUCAAAGUCCAUUCUGUAAACUGAAACGACGUCAACAUUUACAUUGUAAUAUUUGUAAUCAGGCAUUCACCAGUUAUGAUCGUUUGAUACCACAUUUUUCAAAACAUACAAUGAUAAUGAACUCAGGAUUGACAACAUCAUCAUCAUCAUCAUCAACGUUAGUUGAUCAUAGAGAUGAUAGAAUGGUUAAUGAUGAAAUUUUGUCACAAUCAUUUACAUCGAAUCCAUUAAUGAAUACAAAUCUGACGAAUGAAUUUUUUCAAUUAUUUUUCAAUAAUUUAAUGAAUUUUCCAUCAACUUCAACAUCUACAGCCACAACCAUGACAUCACCACUAUCCACUAUGACAACGAAUGCUAUUAAUUCAUCCAUAUUACAACAAAUGACUUCGAAUCCAUUAUUACAGGAUUUAUCGAUUGCAGGAAAUUCAUCACCACCAUUAAAUCAUCAUCAUCAUCCUCGGACAUUGAAUCCAGGCUCAAUAAACAAGCGUAGAUAUUCAUUUUCAAGCGAUAGUUCGGGUUCCAUAAUCAAUGAUAAUAAUGGUAUCAUUAAUGAUAAUAAAAAUCAUAAAAAACAUAAAACUGAUGAGAAUGGUGAUGGUGGUGGUAAAAACAAAACAACAUCGGCUACAUCAUCCGAUGAAUCAUCACCAAGCGGUUAUUCCAGAUUUCGUUUCAAUGAAGAUUGUGGCUUUUCAUCCUGUGUAUAUCGUGAACAUCAAACACAUUUUCAUUGUAUGCGAAAAGAUUGUGGCUAUUCAUUUUGUGAUAAAACACGUUUCGUACAGCAUACAGCUCGACAUGAACGUUUGGAUACAUUAAUGGGCGGUGAUUUUCAACAAUUUCGUGCAACUGUUAACUGUGGCCAAUCGGAUUGUCCAUAUGCCAAUGUCAACAAUGCAACACAACAACAAUUGGCCAAUAAUAAUAAAACAUCACAUUUUCAUUGUCUAAAAUGUGAUUAUCGAUGUUCGGAUACGAAUAAAGUGGUUGCACAUCGUCGUCAACAUGCCAAAAUGGAUAAUAUUACUGCAGCUGGUUUCGAUAAAUUUUCACCAAAUCAAGAUUGUCUAAUUGAACAGUGCAAUUAUAAAUUAAAACAAACACAUUAUCAUUGUGGUACUUGUAAUUAUUCUGUACUUGGAUUGUCACAAAUGUCAUCACAUAAACAAAAACAUCAACAGCAACAACAACAACAACAACAAGAAUCAGAAAAUAAUAAUAAUAAUAAUUCUUGUUUACCAUCACAAUCACCGCCAUUACACCCACCUACAUCAGCAUCUUCAUCUUCAUCAUCAUCAGCAUCAUCAUCAUCAUCACCACCAUUGGAAUCAAUGGCUUAACGAUAUAUCAUAUACAUAAUAGAUAUCUUUCAUAAACAGAUACACCUCACAUACACACACACACACAAUAGCAAGGGAAAAAAGAUCUACAGUAUUUAUUUAUUAUUAAAAAUUUUCAUCCAAUUUAAAAA